UCUCUUUACCAAAGGCACCUAAUCAAUUUUCACAUUUCCCGCCAUUUAACAAAUUAGGGCUUAAAAAAUUCAGCUUCAGUAUCCAAAUCCCCCAAAUUUUUACAAGCAAAGCAAAAAAUUAACAUCAAUGGCGAACCAAUCUGAUAAUUCUGUAGCGUUUUCAGCAGCCGAGUUGGAGUUUCUAGCGGAAGAUGAAAUGGUUGAAAUUGUGCCCAACAUGAGAAUGGAACCUCUCAAUCUUAUAUCUGGAGAUUUUGGACCUUUCCGUCCACAAAUAGCAGCACAGGUGCCUCUCUGGCUAGCUGUGGCUUUGAAGAAAAGAGGGAAAUGCACCAUCAGACCACCUGAAUGGAUGUCCGUCGAAAAGUUAACCCAAGUUCUGGAGGCUGAAAGAGACUCUGAAAAGUUCCAAUUGCUACCAUUUCAUUAUGUUGAAAUCUCAAGGCUUCUUUUUGAUCAUGCCCGUGAGGAUAUUCCUGACAUCUAUAUGGUGAGGUCUCUUAUUGAAGAUAUUAAGGAUGUGCGGUUUCACAAAAUUGGAACUGGCUUGGAGAUAAUUUCAAAGGAGGUCACAUAUGCGUUGAGGCUUAAAAAUCUCUCAGCAAUGGAGGCAAAUAUAGUACGUCCAUUUGUUACCAAAGCUUUGCAGACAUUUCAUAAGCUAAAUACUACCGAAGCAAUACCAGAAUCAGGCAGCAUUCCAAACAGACAGCGCCAAGCUGUGAAUCAGCGGGACAAGCGCGUACUAAAAGGUCGAUGAAAGUAUCCUCUCUUCACUUUGCCUCAUGCUGUGACGCUCCAAAGAGACAUGAAUUGAGCAUCCAUCUUACUAGCAAGGAAAGAACUAUUAUUAACACUCUGUAUCAUAUAUAUUGCCACUUCUUUUUUAUGAGCAAUGGAAUGUUUUAUACUCUCAUUCAGUAAAUUUUGUGGUUAUUUUUGUUAUCA